CAAUGGAAAACAAAAUUUCACAAUUCAAAAGUGGACCUUGAAUGUACUUGAAAGAAAUAAAAGCAGCUGUUUCAACAAAAAUCAUUUAACUACAGAAAUAAAAAAUGCUGGAACUGGUCAUUCACUGAAAUGUAGCGAUUUGUCUGUAAAUGAAAAUGACAGCAUAACGUGGUACAAGGACUGUAAAAACUAUGCAAAUGAAACAGAACGGGAACUGGAUUUUAAAACUUUAACAGUACAGCACUCUGGGAUAUAUACCUGUAAAAUUUUAAUCAGUCAUGAAGGAGAGAUAUACCACAGCACAAACACAAUUAAGCUGGUAGUAGAAGCAGAUGCACCAGAGGCUGUAACUUUGGAGAUAGUUGGGCACAAUGAAGAAAUUGAAACAGAAAUAGGUAAAGGAGAGAUACUCAAUUGCACAGGUUUCUUGGGUUAUUAUAUGCAAGAAGAUGCCAGCCUCUACUGGUUAAUUAAUCAAACGUUUCCUGAAAAAUGCACAGGUAUCCCUGAGAAUGAACCUUCAAUAUGUGAAGAAGAGUUAAAAAAAUUACAGCUGGGAAACAAGUUCUAUGUCACGAGGCUACUACGGAUUAAAAAAGUAACAGACCAGGACAUGCAUCAUAAUUUCACCUGCAUGUUGCAAACGGAUGAAAGAACACAAAUAAAAGUAGUGAAACUGAAGAAAGGGAACACCCGAGAUCUGCCUGUGCACAUAUUUUCAAUUGGAAUGGUCCUUGCUGUACUAUUUCCAUGUGUUGCUGUAGCUGCGGUGUUUGUCUGUGUGAUGUUUAGAGUUGACUUAGUUCUAUUUUACAGGGAUAUAUGCAGAAGAGAUGACACUGCUGGAGAUGGAAAAGAAUAUGAUGCAUUUGUGUCUUACCUGAAAGACUACAUUUCUCCUACUGAAGAAGAGAGAGAAUUUGCUUUGAGGAUAUUACCCAUGAUCUUAGAAGAAAACUUUGGGUACAAGUUAUGUAUAUUUGAGAGGGAUGUAUCCCCUGGAGGAGCGGUUGUUGAUGAUAUCCAUUCAUUCAUCGACAAAAGCCGAAGAUUAAUCAUUAUACUGAGCCAGAACUACGUUUCUGACAGAGCCAUAUACGAACUUGAGAGUGGACUGCAUAAAGCCCUAGUUGAAAGAAAAACUAAGAUCAUAUUAAUUGAAUAUAUGCCUAUAAGUGACUACAAUUUCUUUCCAGAAUCACUGUCUCUUUUACCAUCAAAGAGGGUUGUGAAGUGGAAAAAGGAUAAAUCUCUUCCUGUGAAUUCCAGAUUUUGGAAGAACCUUCGGUAUCUGAUGCCAGCAAAAGCUACCAAGACAAACACCAAAGGGCACUGUAAUAAUCUUGACCUAGGCUCAGAAGGGACUCAACCGCAGACUGAGGGCUGUACUUUUAAUGCAGUCGUAUAA